UUCACCACUUGGCAAAACAAGAAACAUUUCUCUCUUUUUAAAACAAGGUCUCCUAACCUACCCCUGGCCUUGAAAUGUGGGGAAAAGCCAAGAACCUUGUCAAAAAAGACAAGCCUCCCUCGGAAUCAGGAGUCACCAAUCUCGAGGGAGCAGAUCCGGAGCUCUGCAUAACACUCCUGCACCGAGCCCAGCACUUCACCAGUUUGAAGAAUGUCCUCAAGAAAGCCGACAGGGCCUGGAUGGAAGGAUUUCUCGAGCAGGGAGGCCUAUCGGCUAUCUUUGAUGCCCUGCAGAUACUGGCCGAGAAAGGCUUUGCUUCUUUGACUGACGCUAUCCGCCAGUUGGAGUGCGUUGGAUGCAUCAAAGCAGUCAUGAACUCUCAGGUCGGCCUCGACUUCAUCAUACACUACCCAGAGCAGAAAUACGUCCGUAAGCUAAGCGAGGAGCUAGACUCUAACAAUAGGCUGGUCAAGGUCCAAGUCUUUGAGCUCCUAAGUGCUCUAUCUCUCUACUCUGAAGAGGGACACUCGCUAGCCCUUGAUGCCCUCACUCAUUAUAAAAAAAAUUGUGCUCAGCCCCACCGCUUCAGUAAACUGAUUCAAGAGCUGAGGACCAGCGAAACAGACGAGUACUCCGUCUGUGUCCUUGCAUUCAUCAACUGCCUAAUAGCCUCAUCUGAUUCACUGGACGAACGCAUACAAAUUAGAAACGAACUACUAGCUCUAAAUUUACACGAUAUACUAGCUAUGCUCAAGACCUCCUCUAGUGAUGUCCUCCUGACACAGAUUGAUGUAUUUGAGGAUGGGGCAGCAUCUGAUAAUGAAGAGCAAGAGGUUGAAGGUAUAGACUUGCAGAAUCACGAGGCCGUCUUUCGACUUGUUUACGAGAAGGUGCUUGGGACACCACAUGCCAUGAAUCUACUCAAUAUCCUACAGAGUAUGGUACUAGUGGAGAGAGGCAGUAAGCAGUCUGAUGUAGUCUGGCCGUUAUUAGAAGAGCUCACAAGUGCUUGUGUUUUAUUGCAAGACGGUGGGUCACAAGAACAGGUCAAGUCUAAUAGUCUGGAGAAAAUUAAAAAAGCAGUCAAAGAGGCUAAGAAUGCUCCAUCAUCAGCACCAGCACCUCCUGCACCACCUCCUCCAGUGCCUGGUGGAGCUCCCCCUCCCCCUCCUCCUCCUCCUCCUCCUCCUGCUCCCGGCGGGUUUGGUGCUCCACCACCACCACCCCCUCCUCCUCCUCCAGCAUUACCUGGUGCUCCAUUCCCACCCCCUCCUCCUCCCCCUCCCCCUCCCCCUGGAGUCCCCGGAGCACCACCUCCUCCUCCACCUCCUCCUGGUGUCCCCGGAGCACCACCUCCUCCUCCUCCACCUCCAGGAAUUCCCGGAGCCCCACCUCCUCCCCCUCCUCCUCCUGGUGUCCCAGGUGCUCCUCCCCCUCCUCCUCCUCCCCCUGGUGUCCCUGGUGCCCCACCCCCACCUCCUGGAGUCCCUGGUGUUCCUCCUCCCCCUCCAUUUGCUUCACUACCCGCUGGGUUCCGUCCCCCUCCUGAUGGUAGAACCCAAUCACUCCCUGCUGGAGGCAGACUUUCAGUAUUUGAUAUAGCAAGAGCUCACAAACCAGCAAAACAAAUGAAGAAGGUCAAUUGGGAGAAACUCAACAGGAACACUGCAGUGAAGACCGGUACACUCUGGCAUCACUCCGCCAGCUCUCCUGACAUUGCUCCAAAGAUUAAGGUCCUUACACACGAAGUGGAAGAGCUGUUCUCGAGACAAGAAGUGGUGAAAAAGAAGAAAGGAGGAGAUGAGCCUGAUGGAGGAGCUGAAGGAGCCAAGAAACAGACAGUCAUUAAUCUUCUCGAUCAGAAGACUAGUCUCAAUAUAAACAUAUUCCUGAAGCAGUUCAAGAUGCCUAACGCCCAGCUGGUCGGUUAUAUCAGUGAUGGAGACAACAGCAAAAUCAGCAUUGACCAGUUAAAAGCUCUUCUAAAACUCCUCCCGGACAAGAAUUUAGUUGAUCAACUCAAGUCGUUCAAUGGAGACAAGUCUUUGCUUGGAGCCGGAGAAGAUUUCUUCAUGCGACUAAUUGCACUCAAACAAUAUCCAGUUCGUAUUGAAGCAAUGCAAAUCAAACUAGAAUUUGCAGACAAACUCCAUGACAUUAAGCCAUCCAUUGAGCUACUAACACUGGGAGUACAAGAAUUACUUGAAUGCAGUGCACUUAGAGACAUAUGCUAUGUAGCUCUGAUAACAGGAAACAUCAUUAAUGGGGGUGGCAGAGCAGGUGAUGCGUAUGGAUUCAAGAUGAGCUCUCUAAGGAAGCUAAAGGAUACCAGAGCCAAUGUCCCUCGAAUGUCUCUCCUCCAUUAUAUAGCACAGGUCUGCCAGGACCAGGACCCAGCAUUGCUCAAGAUGAGGGAACAACUGCCUCAUCUUGAGAAAGCCAGCAAGCUUUCCCUAGAGUACGUUACACAGCAGGUCAAAGAGUUGAGUUCUCAAGUUGGAGACCUUGAGAAGAAAACCAAACACUCUCCAGACGACCUCAAGGACCAAGUGAAGUCCUUCAUUAAGGACUCAAAGCUAGAAAUUGAGACCUUGCAGAUUAGUAUUAAAAACGUCGAGCGACUCACAAAAGAAAUAGCCGACUAUCUUUGUGAGGACCACUCCAAGUUCAAACUGGAGUCUUGUCUCUCUGAGAUCAACGGGAUCAUUACAGAUAUUGAAACUGCUGUCAAAGAAAACGAGCAGAGAGUGUUGAUGGAGGAAAAGAAGAGGAAGAGAGAGGAGCAGAGAAAGGCAGACCUUGCACGCAAAGCAGCUGCAGGAGGAGGAAAGAAAGGAGUCAAUAUUGUCGCCCCACCUCCAGAUGAUGAUGGAUGCAUUGUUGAUAAACUACUGGUGGAGAUAAGGGAAGGUACCACACUACGACCAACCAGCAGAGGAACCAGUAGGAGAGGCAGCACUAGAAGAGGCAGUCAACUUAAAUCUGAAGAAAUACAGAAACUGCAGGAUAUGGCAGCAAAGAGUGAGAAAGCAUCGUUAAAGAAAUUAACAUCAAUUGAAGAGAAAGAAAGCAAGGAACCAUCAGGGGCGUCUGAUCAGAGGAAGGAUAGCGAUGGAGUUAAAGUGCCUUUAGCACCACAAACUAAGGAAACUGCAACAGCCAAUGGUAUCAGUGGAGUUAAACCUCUUGAGCAGGUCCAACCACCUCAGUCUCCGUCUGGAAAAAUACAAGAAAACACUGUUACUUCACCAACUGUUACCACGCCAACAGUUACCAUACCAACCACGCCAACAGUUGACACGCCAACAGUUCUCUCACCAACGGUUACUUCACCAACAGUCACCACGCCAACAGUUACUAUUCCAGCAGUUGCCACGCCAACAGUUGCUUCGCCAACAGUUCUCUCACCAACGGUUGCUUCGCCAACAGUUACUAUGCCAAUGGUUGCAUCACCAACUGGUACGAUACCAACUGUUUCUGAGGAAGUUUUUCCUAUACCAGCAGAGAGUGAAGGUAAAGGAGAUACAGUUCAAGGGACACCUGAUGUGUCUAAGCCAUUAAGAGCAAUUACUGAUUCAUCUUCUGGUCUAGUGCCUGCCAAUAAACAACCAUCAAUGGAUACUCCUGAGGAACCAGUACAACCAAAACCAGAUACUGAACCUCCUACUCUAACACCAAUCACUGAUGAACCAGUAGCUCCUAGGACUACUGACAUUCCAGUUGUAAAACCAGUCAGUCCAGUUGUAAAACCAGUCAGUCCAGUUCCUCCAACAGUUGAUGGUGUAGAGCCCUCAAUCAGUCUAGCUGGUAUUACACUGGAUGAGUCAAAUAGACGUAAUUCCUUACCAUUGGCCUCAGGUACUAAUGAGCUUCUCCCACCAUCAGACAAUGAGCGUCACAGAUCAGAAAGAGCCAAUACCCUAGCUGUUCCUUCAGGGAGUGCUACGGUCUCUGAUAGCAGUGAUUUCAUGGAAGGAUCCAACCCAGAGGCAGUCAAUAGGAUACUCCAGCGUAUCAACAAGUACAAGGUUGGUACCGGAGUCCAGCUGGCAUCCUCUGUUGCUAUGGUCAUGACUCCACUGGCUGGAUUAGAGCUUAAGCAGCAGAAGCACAAACGAAAUAAAAAGAGAACAAUCAAGAGAAAGAAAGACCGUAGGCCUCAUAGCCCCAGGCCUGUCAGUCCUAGGCCAAUCAGUCCUCGGCCUAAGUAGCUUUUGGUGAUUUUUAGCAAUUAAUUAACACGGUACAAUAUUGACUGAUUUUCAUUGUGUCUUUAAAUUUGUGUGUAUGUGUGUUGCUUUUUAUUGAAUGAAGAUUAUUGAUAGUA